AGGAUUUAGGAUUUGAAAAGGCACUGACUGGUUUUUAAGCUUGAAAGCGUCACCAUGUCCAAAGAGGUAAAGGAACGGUGGCUGGCGAUGAUGGAUACAGUACAUAGCAACUCACAUGUGGUUGCGUUUAUGAACUCCAGAGUUGGCCAGUAUUUAGAUGAUCACCCUUACGUCGCCCUCUCCCUGAUGGUAUUUAUUGCUGCCUCGGCCAUCCCCAUUGCGUUUUUCCUGGUUUUUGUCGUCAGUACCACGGUCCUGGCAUGCAUUGGAGUGAUCGUCAUGGAAGGUUUUGUAAUAUCCUUAGGUGGUGUCACCUUGCUUUGCAUUCUUGGUGGAUUGGGCAUGCUGUCGCUGCUGGUUUCCGGAAUGCUGAGCGUUUGUUACCUGUCUCUUACAACCCUGCUCAGCUACUGGCCCAUUCAAGAGGGCCCCAUGAAGAGAGAGAAUGCCAAUGGAAGCGGUUUUGUCUCCAAGAACCUUUUUGACGAAGAACCAGAAACGACUAACAAGGAGUGUGAAUAAAUUGGAUAGCGGCUCAAAAUGUCUCCGACAGUAGCACUUUAGGGGUGGGGGGUGGGGGAAAUGUAGCUGGGAAAAACAUCCUUGUUACUGUAUUCUAUAGAAUUGUUUGCCCACCGAGAGGAUCAGGGUUCAGCUUCUUAUUACGGGAAUUAGAGACGGAUUUCUCCAGAGGCUGCCGCGGAGAUAGCGGAGCCCUCACUCCAAUUAUUUCGGGAACCUUCUCAGCAGCUUUUAGGCAGGCUUUUCCACGUACGGCUGCUCCUGGAGUCCAGGAACCCAAGGACCCGUGUUGAAUUUCACAUGGGAAGCAGGACAGGGGGAUCUCUUUAAGCCCGACUGCAUUG